AUUUUUAAGAAAAAUUCUCAUGGCAGAUAGCUUUAAUUCAAGAUCGAGUGGAUAAUUUUAUAAUUUUGUUGGGACUGCAGGUACAGCUGAUUUCUAAGCAGGAUCUGGUUAAGAAUAACAGUUAAGAAAAAUAUUUCUAUAUUAGAUUGAGUUUUGGUAAAAACUUUUUAGGUUAUGGAGAAUAAUAAGGUGGAAGUUUCGAAAAUAAUAAUAUGUAAUUUCCAGCUACGGAUUAAGAGAUGAAGAAUAGUUUGGAACAAUUUUAUGAAAUGAAAAUAGAAGAUUUGGAAAAUCAGUUGAUUUAAGAGGAAUCAUCAAAUUAGUCGAGAUAAAAACAUUCAGUCUAAUCAGACAGAAAUAGUCGAUCAUAAUAUUCAGGAGAUUAAGAUUAUAGGUUAGGUGAGCUUUAAAAUAUUAUAUAUAGAAUCAGCUGAAUAAAUCAAUAGUAAAUUUAAACCUGAAGUAAAAUUGCAAAUUCCUCAAAAUUAAGGCAAGAGUAUCUACAGGGAUAAGAUUGAAUCAUUAUUGGAGAAGAGAACUUCAAAUAACAAUUCAGUAUCCCCUUCUGUAACUCCAAGAUCAUCAAAAAGUCAAUAGAAAUUAGAGAGAAAGAGGGUUUAGAAUUUACAAAAUGAAACAUCGAAUGAGAUCAUUGAUCCAUCUCAAGUGAAAUUGGCAAAAAAUAGAGAAUCUGCGAAAAAUUCAAGAGAAAGGAAGAAAAUAUACUAAUAAUUGUUAGAAAAAUAAGUUUCGGAGCUUUAAGAAGAAAAUGAGAAACUGAAGGAUAUUUGUAAAAGUUAAGCACAAUCUAUGGAAAUAGUAAAUAAGAAAACAUAGAAAGUAAAGUUGUUAAGUUUUAUUAUUAGUUUUAAACAUUUUUAGAGUAGCAACAACAAAUGUUUGAGAAAUUAGAAUUAUGUUUAAUAAAAAAAGUUAGCGAUGACGAAAUUGGUAUCAUCAUGGAUGCAUUAAGAUACAGAAUUCAAUCAAAUUCAAAGGAAAGAAAUGACACAGCCAGAGUUUACUUUGAUAGCAUUGCUGAAAUAUUAUUACCAAUGCAAGUAAAAUAUUUACUUUAUGCAUGUUCCUAUUCGAAAGACAUGUUUGCUAAUUCUGAAUAGUAUAUGAUUUAUUAAUAUUUUAAAGAGAUUAUACAGAAUGGAUGAAGCCUGGUUUUAUAAACACAAGUGUAUAAUUUGAGAAUCUCACUAAACUGAAAAAGUUUUAGAAUAAAGUUUAAUAAUUGAAAUAAAAUAUUUCAAGGUUUUUUCAUUAUGAUUAUUUAAUUAGUUCUUUAGACAAAAUAAAAAAUGAAAUCAAGGCAAUUUAGGACUAAGCUUCUAAACUUGACUAUGUUUGGGAUGCACUAAAAUCUGUAUUGAAUCCUGUUUAACUGAGCACUAUGAUUUGUUCACUUUAUCAUGUAAGUUUUAAAUUAAUAAUUUUAGAAUUUAUAUAGAAAUGAAUUAUAAACAAGCACCCUUUUUGAUUAAUUACGUAAUUCUUAAGCAGAAGAAGAUGAUUUUUAAUUUAAGAUCGAGGAAGAAAUCAAUUUUGGUGCUAAUAAUAAAAUGGUAAAAAGGUGUUGA